AUGGAGCCUUCACCAAGUUCCUCGUCACAAAUGCCCGACAAAAAGAAACCCAUUGUCAUCAUAACUAUCGGCAUGGCCGGGGCCGGCAAGUCUACGUUCGUGCAGCGCAUAAACUCCUACCUGCAUUCCUUGGACCCACCGUCUCCGCCGUACAUCCUCAACCUGGAUCCCGCCGUAACGCACCUUCCGUUCGAAGCGAACAUUGACAUACGGGAUACUAUCAACUAUCACGAGGUCAUGAAGCAGUACAACCUCGGUCCCAAUGGAGGGAUCCUAACUGCGCUGAAUCUGUUCACCACUAAGUUUGACCAAGUGCUGGACCUGGUGGAGAAGCGAGCGGAGACCGUGGACUAUGUGAUCUUGGAUACUCCAGGACAAAUCGAGAUAUUCACUUGGUCCGCCUCUGGAGCGAUCAUUACAGAUGCUAUAGCCUCUAGUCUGCCAACCGUUGUGGCGUAUAUCAUCGACACGCCUCGGACUACUGCACCGGCUACCUUCAUGUCGAAUAUGCUUUAUGCUUGUAGCAUCCUUUACAAAACAAAAUUGCCUUUCAUCCUGGUUUUUAACAAAACCGAUGCGCAGCCCCACGAGUUCGCGAUCGAGUGGAUGCAUGACUUUGAGGCAUUCCAAGAGGCGCUAGCAUCCCAUAGUGGGACGACCGAUGAUGAGGGGGAGCCGACGUACAUGAACAGUUUGAUGAACAGCAUGAGCCUUGUGCUCGAUGAAUUUUACAAGCAACUGAGGGCUGUAGGUGUCUCCAGUAUGACAGGCGCUGGUAUCAAGGAGUUUUUCGAUGCCGUGGAGGAAUCUCGCACAGAAUAUGAAAAGGAAUAUUUACCGGAACUGGUACGCGCCCGCGCUGUCAAAGAGGAGACGCUCCGGGUUGCUAAGACAGACUCGAUGAACCGCUUGAUGAAAGACCUCGCGAUUGACCGUGCUCAAAAUCCUAAUAUAGCCCUACAGGACCGGUGGGAGGAUGAAGAAGACGAUGAUGACACCGAGAUCAACAUCAUUGACCGCAGUGAAGAGCCAUACCCCGGUCAAUAUAUUGAUGUUACAAGAAUGCGCCGGGGAGAUGAGGAGACUAUAGCAUGGCCUCGGCCUGGUUAA